AUGAGCUGCACGCACUCGAAUACCAAGCUCGAGGUGGUACCUAUGCAGACGUUCUCCGCCGGCUCUGCUAUCCAGCUACUCUUGCGACCCCCGUUGGAUCCUGCAAGUCAUACUUGUCUGUCAAACCUCAAGGAUCAUGGGCUUGAUGUAUUUGGAUAUUUCAUCCUUGACGCUGAGACAUUCGAAGAGUACAUCCGACCCUCCCUGGAGAACCUCUCGCUCACCAUCAUUAACCCGCUACCCGCCAACCCAUCAGGUUUGUUUGGCCCCUGCGUAACACAGAUUCAGCAGGUGGCAGCUCUGUCUCGCGCAGUCCCUCCAGAGCAAGUGUUGGUCGUGUCUUCAUCUUCUAUGAGUGCUUCGGAGCCUGCAACGGCCAUGAGGAUGGCCACGGCGCUUUUAGUCCGACCUGAUGUGACCCAGAGGUCGACGCUUUGUCCGAGGCCACCCCAAGACAAGUGGACACGGAGCGCUGCUGCCGACAAGAAUGAGAUGGUACAGAACCCUCGGGUUUGCGACAUGUACCAGCUUGACCGAGUGAUUGCCGGGGAUCGGGCUGUCAACUGGCUCACCAACGAUCGUGCGGUGGUCAAGGCCGUCAUAUCUAGUACGUCAAAAGGCAUAGUGCCAUACGAGGCCAAGGUUUACAGGCAACUGGCCGGUAGCCCGGUCAUCCCGUUUAUCCACUGGAGCGGGACGUAUGGCGAGACGGACGUAAUAGUCAUGGAAUGCCUUGGUCCGACGCUUGCGAACCUCCGCCUGGCCUGUCGAGGGACACUUACGCUCAAAUCGCUGCUAAUGAUCGGUAUCUAG